AUUUUAUAGAGGUGGUUGUAGAGACACGGUUGUUGUAGGUUAUGUCUUCUUCCCAGAAAUGGAAGCCUUCAUGGUCUAUUGCAGCCACCGUUGCUUCUAUCAUAAUGCUCGUUUCGGUGGUUCAUAUUUUCCUUGUUCCUGCAGUGCCUUCUUUUAGUUACUUUAGUGCCUCUCAAGUUCAGAAUAGAUGUGUUCCCAUCAAUGGGUCGGUUGAAGAAGUGGCAAUUCAGAGUUCUAAUGUAGGAUCAAUCGACCUUGCUCGAGGAAAUUCACAACCACACCUGGUAAAUCAUACUUUCCCUGCUGACUUGCAUGGGGCAGUCAUUCAUCGCAAUGCCUCCUGGAAGGCUGAGAUUGGACAGUGGCUUUCUGCUUGUGAUGAAUUUACUAAGGAAACUGAUAUUAUUGAGCCAAUAGGUGGUAGAAACUGCAUGUAUGACUGCAGUGGUCAAGGUGUCUGUAAUCAUGAUUUGGGACAAUGUAGGUGCUUUCACGGCUUCAGAGGGGAAGGAUGUUCUGAGAGACUUCACUUAAGUUGUAAUAACCAAAAUACCUCCGAGCUACCAUAUGGCCGAUGGGUUGUGUCAAUUUGUUCUGCUUAUUGUGACACAACAAGAGCAAUGUGCUUUUGUGGAGAAGGGACGAAGUAUCCAAAUCGGCCAGUUGCCGAGGCUUGUGGGUUCCAAGCGAAUUUACCUUCAGAGCCUGGAGGACCCAUAUUGACUGAUUGGGCAAAAGCUGACCUAGAUAACAUUUUUACAACAAAUGGUAGCAAACCUGGAUGGUGUAAUGUCGAUCCAGCUGAAGCAUAUGCUUUUAGGGUGAAAUUUAAAGAGCAAUGUAACUGUAAAUAUGAUUGUCUCUGGGGACGAUUCUGUGAAAUACCUGUCCAAUGCACUUGUAUUAAUCAGUGUUCUGGACAUGGGCAUUGUCGUGGCGGAUUCUGUCAGUGUGACAAAGGCUGGUACGGGACGGACUGUAGCAUUCCUUCUGUCAUUUCAACGAUCAAAGAGUGGCCCCAGUGGCUUCGACCAGCUAGGAUUAAUGUUCCUAGUGAUACAGAUCUCACAGCAAAUCUUGGUAGCUUCAGUGCCAUGGUAAAAAAGAGAAGACCUCUUAUAUAUGUUUAUGAUCUACCUCCAGAGUUCAACAGUUUGCUCCUUGAGGGGCGACAUUUUAGGUUCGAGUGUGUUAACAGGAUAUAUGAUGGCAGGAAUGCAACUCUGUGGACAGAUCAGUUGUAUGGUUCCCAGAUGGCACUCUAUGAAAGUAUUCUAGCCAGCUCAUACCGAACGCUAAAUGCUGAAGAGGCAGACUUUUUCUUUGUUCCUGUUCUUGAUGCAUGCAUCAUAACACGUGCUGAUGAUGCACCUCACUUAAGUAUGCAGGAACAUCAGGGCCUGAGGAGCUCUCUCACUUUGGAGUUCUAUAAAAAGGCAUAUGAUCACAUUGUUAUGCAGUAUCCAUAUUGGAAUCACUCAUUAGGAAGAGACCAUAUAUGGUCCUUUUCUUGGGAUGAAGGUGCUUGCUCUGCUCCUAAGGAGAUAUGGAGUAGUAUGAUGUUAGUACACUGGGGUAAUACAAAUUCAAAGCAUAACCAUUCAACAACAGCUUAUUGGGCUGACAGCUGGGACGAUAUUUCUUCUGAUAGGAGAGGCAAUCAUCCAUGUUUUGACCCUGCUAAAGAUCUUGUACUUCCUGCUUGGAAGCUCCCUGAUGCGAAUGUCCUAAGCGCCAAACUUUGGGCUAGGUCCCGAGAACAGCGGAAGACAUUAUUUUACUUCAAUGGAAACCUUGGGCCAGCCUACAACAAUGGAAGACCAGAAGCCUCGUAUAGCAUGGGCAUUAGGCAGAAAGUGGCAGAAGAAUUUGGAUCAAGCCCCAACAAGGAAGGAAAGCUUGGAAGACAGCAUGCAGAUGACGUGAUUGUAACUCCACUACGUUCUCAGAAUUAUCACAUGGAUUUAGCCAGUUCUAUUUUCUGUGGGGUCUUUCCUGGAGAUGGUUGGAGUGGUCGUAUGGAAGACAGUGUUUUGCAAGGGUGCAUUCCUGUGAUAGUCCAGGAUGGGAUAUUCCUACCAUACGAGAAUGUACUGAACUACAAAAGCUUUGCUGUUCGAAUACUUGAAGCUGACAUUCCAAAUUUAAUAAAUAUUCUCCGGGGUUUUAACGAGACAGAGAUAGAGUUCAAGUUGAGAAAUUUACAAAAAAUCUGGCAAAGGUUCUUGUAUCGUGAUUCUAUUUUACUUGAAGCUGAGAGGCAGAAAACUGCUUUUGGGCGUGUGGAGGAUUGGGCAGCCAAAUUAUUGGAGUUAAGCGAAGAUGAUGUCUUUGCGACAUUUAUACAGGUUUUGCACUACAAAUUGCAUAAUGACCCGUGGAGAAGACAAUUUGAUCGUCGGAAAAAAGAGUACGGGUUACCAGAAGAAUGUUUGAGAAGAACCAGCUGAGCCUGAGGAGCUGAAAGCCACAAGAAGCAUUGCAUUUUAGACACUAGACAUUCAUACACAUACUCAGAUGUGAA